GCAACACCAAAAUUUGUGGGCUAAAGCAGGCUGCGAAAACAAAAACCGCAUGCACAAGUCGGCUCGUUGAAAAGGGUAUAUUCAGAAACUCGAACAUAAUCUCACAGCAUCGUCCCCAAGGUUUAAAGACAUUUAUACCUUGAUCAAAAUGAGUGAUAACGUGCCGAAAAAAGAUGUUACCGAGCAGGGCGACCAAUUUGAUUUUGAGGAGUUCGGGAGGUAUGUCCCGCUGUGCGUCCGCCGCCGUAAUAUAUUAACCCAAAUGAUCUCUGAUUUCCCCGAGCCGAUGAAAGAGCGCGUGAAAGCGUUAAAAGAGCUCCAGUUCGAGAACACUCAGUUGGAAGCUGAAUUUUAUAAAGAAGUAUUCAGUCUCGAGUGCAAGUACCAGAAGCUCUACACCAAACUAUAUGAAAAAAGGAGUGAGAUAAUUCAUGGCAAGCGAGAACCCACACCUUCGGAGAGCUCCUUCGAUAUCCCUGAGCCAAACAUCGAGCCACAGUUGAAGGACAAGCUCUAUGAAAUUGCCAAGCACAAGAUGUCAAUAAACACAUCCUUCACAAAUGACACAAAAGGUAUCCCUGAGUUUUGGUUCCAAAUCUUUCGUAAUGUCUACAUGUUGAGUGAGUUAAUUGAGAAGCACGAUGAACCUGUUUUGAAGACUUUGCUGGAUGUCAAAGUUGACUACUUUAAUGAACCAAUGGGCUUCACUUUACAUUUUAUAUUUGGACCAAACAAGUACUUCUCGAAUAAGGUGCUCACAAAGGAAUAUACAAUGACUUGUGUUCCCAGCAGGGAGAACCCCUUCAAUUUCGACGGGCCAGAAAUCACAAGCUGCAAGGGCUGUGAGAUCAACUGGUAUCCCGAAAAACCUAACAAGACUCCGAAAGGUGAAAGAAGAUGA